UGCCGUGCUCUGAUUGGUGGAUCCGGAGCUCGCGCUGGGCUCCUGCAGAUCUACCCGCCGGGAGCAGAGACCGGGCGGCGAUGGCGCGGUGAACUCGACCGCUGGACUCUGCAAGGGCAGGCAGGACGGCGUCGCCGCCACCCGGGCGCUUCAGUCCAGGGGCUGAGGCAGCUCCCGUCGGCCCUGGUUUCUCCGCACCCCUCUCCGCGACCUCGGUUGGGCAUGUUUUCCAGGGCCCAGGUGAGGCGGGUUCUGCAGUGGGUGCCCGGAAAGCAGCGACUCGGCGUCUACAGGUUUCUGCCCUUCUUUUUUGUCCUGGGAGGAACGAUGGAGUGGAUCAUGAUUAAAGUGCGCGUGGGCAAGGAGACCUUCUAUGAUGUCUACCGGAGAAAAGCCUCAGAAAGACAGUAUCAGAGAAGGCUGGAAGAAGCAUCAGAGACUGAACUUCAGCAGUCAAUAAAGUGAAUAUGAAAUUUUUCUAGUUUCAAA